UCUCUCCGUGGCGCACAGCUGCCCUCCUGCAGCCAUGCUCUACGUCGACAAGCACCGCCCGCGUGCGCUCACCGAGCUGCACUACCACCAGACGCUCUCCGACCGCCUCGUCGCCCUCGCAGCACACGAUGACUUUCCGCACAUGCUCUUCUACGGGCCCAGCGGCGCAGGCAAGAAGACGCGCAUCAUGUGUCUGCUGCGCGAGCUCUACGGCCCGGCGACGGCGAAGCUCAAGAUCGACCAGCGCGUCUUCCUCAACCCGAGCAAGCGCAAGAUCGAUGUCAACGUCGUGAGCUCAAACUACCACAUCGAGCUGACGCCCAGUGAUGCGGGUGGCUACGACCGGCUGGUCAUUCAGGACAUCCUGAAGGAAAUUGCGCAGACGCAGCAGGUCGACACGAAUGCGAAGCAUCGCUUCAAGGUGGUGGUGAUCAACGAGGCGGACUCUCUCUCGCGCGACGCGCAGUCGGCGCUGCGCCGCACGAUGGAGAAGUACAUGGGCAACCUGCGCCUGAUCCUGUGCUCCACAAGCACAUCACGCAUCAUUGCGCCGAUCCGCUCCCGGUGUCUCUUGAUGCGCGUCGGUGCUCCGUCUGAGGCUGAGAUGACGGCCGUCCUGCGCCACGUCGCCAAGCGCGAGUCGUUCACGCUGCCCGACAAGGUGGCGUCGCAGAUCUUCCAGGACUCGUGCGGCAACCUGCGCAAGGCGAUUCUCGUGUUGGAGGCGCUGCGCAUGCAGUCGCCCGACCUCACGGGCGACCUCUCCAUCGCCAAGCCAGACUGGGAGACGUUCGCGAUGAACACGGCCGACCUGAUCACGGGGGAGCAGACGCCCGCGCGGCUGCUCGAGGUGCGCGGCAAGCUGUACGAGCUGCUGGUGCACGCCAUUCCCGCGCGCCUCAUCAUCAAGACGAUCACGGACCAGCUCGUGCGUCGCGUCGACGAGAACCUGCGGGCACACAUCGUGCAGAAGGCGGCCUUCUAUGAGAUUCGCUGUCGUCAGGGCAACAAGGCCAUCUUCCACCUCGAGGCCUUUGUCGCCUCGGUCAUGGCGAUGAUCAAGUCGGACAUGCUGGACAUGAGCUGGGAGUGAGGGCCGCCGCUGCGCGCUGCGCAAUGUACUUGUACCGUUGUG